GGUUAUUCGGGGACAGGUGGCUCCUGCAUGCAGAGUAGUCCUUCCGCGCUUCUUUGGCACUGAAUUGAGUUUGCGUGUGCGCAUGUUUGUGUGUGUGUGUUUUAUCUCCUCUCAGCUCAGCGUCUUUACCCCACAAAGCCGUGACCCAGGGUCAGCUGUGUAUGUAUGGGGGAUAACACGCUACGCAAGCAUGCAGCAAAGCCUGGUCUAGUACAGGUGCUGUGUGUCAGUGUUAGAGAAAAACAGGUUGGCUAGGGUCUGCAUGGACUCGCAGAGAUCUGUUUCCACCUGUGAAGGACGUGACCGGUAGCCAUGUGGUUGCCCUUUUUUUUUUUGUUCUUUCUUCCAUCUUCAUCUCACUCCGCUCUCUCUUCCUCUCUCCCUCCUGUACCAUCUCUCUUUGUCUUUGACCUAGCAUCAAUAAUUGACUUUUUUAGAGGAUCAUGAUAAGUUGGAACAAACGUGCUCUCCUCUCCUGCCUGGCUCUCCAGAGACAUCUUGUUUGAAGGCUUUACACCUCACCUGUAGGCAGAGCUAACAUGUUGCCAGAUCUCAAGGUGUGGAGACAGAUAGGCGUUGCUUUUAACAGAGGAGAACAGAACAUGACAGAGGAGAGAAAAGGAGAGGUGAACACAGGUGAACAGACAGGCAGACGGACAGACGGCAGGACGGAUACACGGGUGGGGGCUGUGCUAGGCGGCUCGGCGGCAGGCUGGUGGAAGAUGUCGUCAGGAGCCGGUGGGAGGGGCGGAAGGCGGCUCAGGGGAACAGCGAGCAGCGGUGGUGGAGGAGGGAGAGGAGGGGCAGGAGAGGCAGAGGAAGGGCCCGUGGGGAUCCCUUUCCCUGAGCACAGCGCAGACAUCCUUGGCAGCCUGAACAAGCAGCGGCUCAGUGGCCUUCUGUGUGACGUGCUCCUGGUUACCCAGGACCGGGAGUUCCCAGCUCACCGCUCCGUCUUGGCAUCCUGCAGCUCUUACUUCCACAAGCUCUUCACUUCAGGGGCCGCCGCUGACCAACAGAACAUCUACAACAUCGACUUUGUGGCGGCGGAGGCUCUGGGAGCAUUGCUGGACUUUGCCUACACAGCCACAUUGACAGUCAGUCACAGCAGUGUGGCUGACAUCCUUGCCGCUGCACGUCUCCUGGAAAUCCCACCUGUCCAGGAUGUCUGUACACACCUGCUGGAUACCAAAGUGCUCUCCCCGCCGGCGGGCAGUGAGCGAAGAGAUGAAGAUGAAGAUGAGGAGGGCAAGGGCAGAGGAGGCAGGGAGCCGGGGAACCGGGUGCGGGCCCAGGAGUACCUGGAGUACUUCCAGAGAGGGGCGCACUGGAGCAGCAGCUGCAGCACGCCAGAGCUCAGGGACCUGCCCACACACCUGCACUUUAACCAUGGUAAUGGGGGGGCCCCCAGCAAUGGGGCUCCUGCUGUCCCGGGUGAGUACUACUCCCCCCUGGCCCUCGCCUUGGCCCAGGCCCCAAUACAGGAGCCAGAGGAAGAGGAUGAGGAUGAAGAGGAAGAUGAGGACGGGGAAGCGGCGCAGGGGAACGGAGCAAGCCUGGGGUCGUCUUACUACCCUCCAUCCCAAAAUGGGCACUUCUACCUUCCCUCUGAGUCUAGGCUGGGGCAGGAGAUAGAGGUGGAGGAUGGAGGUAGGGAGGGGGUGGCGAGGGAGAGGGGUUCUGCCAGUGCCCUCCUGCAGCAGAUGAUGGACUCCAUUGAGAAGCAGAAGGAGCGUGGAACAACCGGGGAGGAACAGGGAGAUGGGGAUGACCCAGACAUGGAAUUUUACUUGAAUUAUUUUAACAGCUCGCAGCAUGAGGAUACAGCUUCUGCUGCUGUGACACAGGGAGUGCCACCGCUCUGGUUAUCACGGGGCAGAACAGGCCAAGAGAGAGUAGGAGGAGGAGGAGAGAGGGGGGUUGGAGAGAGAGGCAGCGGGGGUGGAGGAGGAGGAGGUGGAGGAGAGAGGAAGAUGCGCUCUAAGGCCUUCCAGAAAUGCCCCAUAUGCUCCAAGGUCAUUCAAGGAGCAGGCAAGCUACCCCGCCACAUCCGAACGCACACAGGAGAGAAACCCUAUGAAUGCGCCAUCUGCAAAGUGCGCUUUACCAGGCAGGACAAGCUCAAGGUUCAUAUGCGGAAACAUACAGGAGAGAAGCCUUACCUGUGUACGCAAUGUGGAGCCGCCUUUGCUCACAACUACGACCUGAAGAACCACAUGCGUGUACACACCGGCCUGCGCCCCUAUCAGUGCUCAAGCUGCUUUAAGACUUUUGUGCGCUCUGAUCACCUGCACCGCCACCUCAAGAAGGACGGCUGCAACGGCAUCCCCUCUCGUCGCGGCCGAAAGCCUCGGGUGCGAGAGCCAGGGCUCCUUGAUGCUCCCCUGGGCCUGCUGAACCCCAGCUCCGACACGGGCCCUGGGUCUCGUACCAUGAGGGGACGGCGGCGCUCGGAGGCAUCAUCAGCGGCAGAGGUGGAGGGGGCUGCUGAAGCCCAUGCACACAGUCCUCAGCUGCAGGAGUUAGCAGGGGAGGCAGGGCCCUGAAGCAGCAGGGGCGACAAGGACACUGCUGGACACCAUAGUCACUCUGCACCGCCUGUGAGACAGGCCAGUGAACAGAGAGAAAAAACACACAAAGGCAAACUUUUAAAAAAACAAAAACAAAACAACUAACUAUUCCUCUAUAAACCAAAUCAGGGUGUCACAAAAAUCUAAUCUUUAUAUUUCUUUCUCCUUUUACUUUAGGAAAUGGAGUAGACAUGCAAGCACUUGAGUCAGUUUAUCUGUUGAAGAGCAAAGAACGCUUCAAAUCAUGCACCCAUGACGUCCACUUUCUGGGCCAUUUCUUUCUUUAUAAUAUUAGGGGUUUUAUACAUUGGCAUAUGUGCUUAGGCAAAUGUAUGAUAGAUACAAAGAAAUUCUGAGCAACUAUGCAGUUGAUUUAGAUUUUUAUUGGUUUUGUCCUCACAGCCUUCAAGCUCUAAGCAAGGUGUCUAUCAAGCACCUUCUGGCUGCUGUACGGGUGAAGCGAGGACAAAUCCUCCCAGUGAAAACAACUCUUUUUCUAUUCUUUUGCAGGUCUGAAAUGUACAGUUACCAUAGAAACAACAUUGCCACAAUAUGGCAUAUGCAAGGAAAACUCACCACAAUUUUGAUGCAACAGUUUUUUCUCUCUAAAUGUUCCAGAAAGAAUCAGACAAGGGUUUGAUUGAAGUGUUACUUUCUCUAUAAAAUGCAUUUUAAGAAUCUAUGGAUUGUCUUAUUGAAAAACACAUUGAUGUUGAGUCAAAUCCACUUUAAUGGGGGCUCGUCAAUUGCAGGACUAGGGAAUAUGAGGGGUGGAGGGUUUGUGUUUUUAAAGCACUACCAUUGUCAAUGUAUCUGUUGGCUUGACUACGUUGCCUCUGAUCCCUCAUAACCCUGCAAUUUCAGCAUUUCUCUUUUCCCUUUUGAUUUUGUCUUAAUUUUGUUGUUGUUCCUUUUUGUUGACUGCUUCGGGUACUUGACACUUUAUAAUUGUAUACAUGUAUAUACAGCAGGUGGUGAUAUGACAUUGGUUCCCUCUUAAGGCUGAGGUGUACUUACCAAUCGGGUUUUUCCUCUUAGGCUUGAUGUCAUAUUUCUCACAGAGUGAAGCUUGUGAGUGAACAAAACAAACUGUAUGAAUGUUUGAUGAAAAAAAAAACAUUGAGUCACCCAUUUGUCCUAAACUUAACACUUGACAUGUAGAGUUCCUGCCCAAAGUAUGAGGGGGUCGAAUGAAUGAAUGUGCUUAACUUUGUGCAGUUUUUCGGAAUCUGUCCUUGUGUGACAAGGCGCGGGUAGCAUUUAACCAACCGCAGGUUAAAGGAAUGACAGGGAGCCCAAGUGAGAGAGUGACAAAGAGUACGAAGAAGAGAUAGAUGAGCACCUUUUUUUUCUGUUUGCACAGCUUUACUAAAGAUAUCCAGCAGAGCGAGAGAGAGGUAUAUUUAAAGGAAGUGGGCUGGUGUCAGGGAGGGAGUGAGAGGAGGUUUAUGUAUCAUGCUUAUUCCAAUCUUUUUGCCCUAGGGACCACACAACCGUGAGGCAACCUGUAUGAUGAAGAGAGCAAUAAAUACCUGUCCAAGUUGGGAGGCCAAAUAGGAGCGCAACUGCAGCUGGUUGAUGGGGGAGGGGAACAAGGGAAGGGGAGGGGGAUCUCACAAUGUCUGUUGCAUUCCAAAAAAUAAUCUCCCCCAGCUCAGCCACGUUUCCAGGCAGGAGGGGAUCAAAUCAGGCCUUUUCUCUCCCUCUCUCCCUCUGUAGUCCUCUAAUGCCCCCGAACCAGCCUGGAGGGGAUAUUAUUAUAUUAGAGCCUGGUGUUACUGUGGGUAGGACGCCUGGUGCUGGCAGUUUAGUGUGUGAGUGUGUUUACAUGUACGUGUGUUUGUGCACAUGUGUGUGCGUGGCAGCCAGGGUCGCUCUGGCCACAUCAUCACUGUGUGAGUCAGCCACAGCCUGUUCAAACAUGCACCCUGAGCUGCCAGCCCCAAUGCACUUUCUCUGCCUCUCACACACACACUCACGCUCACUGGGUCCAGGUAUCCUGUAGAGAAGGGGGGAAAACACCAGAGCUGACAUAUCUGUUUGAAUAUUGUCAGUGACUCCAUACAUCUGGAUUUGUUAGUCUUAAAAUAUCCAAGUUGUGUUAUUGUACUCCAAAUCCACUGUUAUUUUCCAAACUAGCACAUUGAGCCUUUGAGUCCAGAAGAGAACAAGCGUGUGAUUUAGAGCACCCCCCCACCCAACUUUAUAAUUUCUGCAGUAGUGCUGUAAUUCAACUAUCAGCACCUUAAUUGGAAAGAGGCAGGUUAUAAAUGCACUUUGUUAAUGAGGAGGGCACUUUUGUCAACGAAACGGGUACUUUGAAACAAACCAGUUGCAAAUGAGAUCAGUCCUUUUGUCUGUCCAUGGUGGUGAAGUUGAGCUCCUUCACUGGUUUUGUUCAGGUUUUGACGACAAGCUGCCAAAAAACCCCAGAAAUAUACGAGUUCAGAUUUCUAAAAAAGAGACGCCGGGUGGGUUCAGAUACAAACAUGUCGGAUUUUGUAACCUUAAAAAAGACUAAAUUAAUUCAUUUAACUGAUUGCACUUGAAGUUAGUUGUUAAAAUAAAUCUAGAGAGUUGUCUUUAUGUCUUAAUGUAAAGGAAAGGGAUAGAAGGAGCAGGCAGACAAAGAAGAAAGGGCUCUGUGUGUGUGUGUGUGUGUAUGUAUGCGUGCAUAUUUUUUUCAUACAUGUGCACAAGCAUGUUUUGCUGGCUGGCAGGCUGGAGGGUCUCAGGACAAGCUUGUAUAAACAAACUUCAUGUCUACCCCAUCUGUUCACCAGCUACUCUCAUAAUUAUACGUGUUCUCUGAGGAAGCACAUACAUCAUAAUAGGUCCACGGUACCACAGAAGCAAAAAUACCAUAUUGUUAAACAACUCAUUGGUCAGUUGCUUGUUUACUUCACAGCUCUCUUGGUGCAGAUUUGCAUAACUCUUCAUUUACCCUUGUUGGUCAUUGUCAGGGGCUGGCUAGGUCUUCAGAGUUUUAGUUUCUAUUUUAGCUUCUCUGUUAUGAUAAAGAUGGGGUUUAUUAAUGCAGAGUUUGACUCCCAUAGGCAGACCGAUGUAAGCUGGGUAUGUCUACCUAGUUUGUGAUCUUUAUGUUGUGGUACUUGGUAUGGACUGCUUGUGUGGCAGAAGUGAGACCUGUGAGCCAUCUUAAACAUAUGUGUCUUUGGACCUGAAUAUUUCCCCAAAAGUCUUAUGUUGAUUAACCAAAGCUUUUUGCCCUCAAUCUUAGUCUGCUGUAGACUAGAGAUAUUGUGAAAGUAUAUCUAUAAUUUAUCCAGACUGGGCCUCCAUGACUAAGCCACACACAGAUGCCCUCCUCUUGAAUACAUAUGCAGAAAAGUGUGUGGAAUCAUACAGAUAUUUACUUGAGUUUGCUUUCUCUCGCUCUUUGUAUCCUUUUGGAGAAUAGAAUCAGAGGUUUAAGGAUGUAUAGUUUUUUUCUGUCUGUCUACACUUGUUUUUUUUCUUAAAAUAACGUGUUGUGCUACAGCUAUUUUUUUUUUCAAACAAUUUUAUGUGGCUGUGCGUGUGAGUAUGCGUGCGCGCGCGUGUGUGUGUGUGUGUGUGUGUGUGUGUGUGUAGGUUGGGGUCAUGGUUUUGGGUUGCUGUGCCAGGAGGGUGGGGUAAAUGGGUGCUUGGGUGGGGUUAUGGAUAUAAAGCCUGAUAGCACUGGAAAUGGUGCUUUAGCUGAGAGAGCAAAAGUUUGCACUAAUGUUAAAUGUCCUUGUCCUGCUUAUGGGAGAAGGGCAGGAGACCUCAGAAAGGCCUGCGAGUUUCCAUGAGCACAGAGCAGUGUGGUUAAUACUCAAUGGUCUCAUUAAGAGUCCAUCCAACCCCUCCAUAGAAGUAAUCAUGUACAGUAUAUUAAGAAAUAUACAGACGUCCAACAACAACAAAUACCAAAGGAGAAAAAAUGGCUUGCAUUCAAGUCAUUGGACAUUUUAAGCUACCAAUCUAAUGUUGGAUUAAUAGAGUUUUAUUGUUAAGUCUGAAGGCUCUUAAAAAGAGAUUCUGGAUGUAACUUUAGAUGGAAACUAGAAAUGGUGUGAUAACAGCAAAUCAUAUUUGCUCUUUAUAUUAAGAAAUGUUCCAAAUAUACAACAUUUAGGCACUAAGUAGCAAAGCCUCUCCGAAAACAUUCGAAACAUUUGCGUUUGUCCUGAUCUGAUGGCUGGGAUGUACAGUGUGCAGGUGCCAGAGAUAUUGCAUCCAAUUCUUUUUAAAUUUCAGAGAUGGGAUUUUAUCAACAUUUGUCUCAUGUUGUCAACUGAUGAAUAAUGAAAUGAAAUGAUAAUGAAAAAUAUUGUUACUGUUAAACACUGUUAUUUUGAUGAUUUCAGUUUACUUUCUGAAAAGGUUGAACUGAAAUGUUCUCUAGUUGAAGCAGACUGGGACUUUGUGGCCUUGUCUGAACAGCACUAAGCUUGUUGUUUUUAUGUUUCCAGACAGUUGUAUUGUGCAGUGUGGGGCUGAGGCUCACUCCCACCAGGUGGACAAUGCAAACAUCAAGGGCCACAGUGUGCCUUACGUGGACAAGGACUGACAAAACUCACAACUUCUUUUUUAUUAUUUUUUUUUUUACCAUAGACACUUUUUAAAUUAAUUAAUCUAAAUUGUAAAAGCUGAUUGGUACUUGGUACAAGCUUUACUUGAAUGAAUUUAGAAUAAUGUCUCUGUACUAGCCACUACUUCAGAACUGUGUCUCUGUCAGCCUCUAUGGAUCCACAACUGGUGUGUCCCCAGCCUCAGCCCCAGACCAAGGUUACUCUGACACAGGCUACACUGAGACAGUCUCAGAACACUUGCAGUGUUUUUCCAAAUUGACCUUGAUAUGUGUUUUUUCCUAUGCUGUUAUCAAAGAUUUUUGGUGAAUCUGAGAAGGCCAUAAAACAAAGACGACCAACAACUAUGAUAACAAUUGUAACUGUAAAUAAUCCAAUGAAGCAGGACGGGUUGACUGUUAAUAUCGAGAUUUAUGUUGGCGGACGGGGGGCUAUUUGCUUUGCUUCGUCAUUUUCCUGCACACCUGAUUUUUUUGUGUUUUCCAUCAGGCUCUUGAUGCACAGCAAGCUGAGCGCAGCAUAUGCAGUACGGCACUAUGCGCAGCGUGGCUCUGGCACUUACACAGACAGCCCUGGGUCCUUCAGAGAGGCAGGCUGCUGAUUGUUGGCUGCUCUCAGCCAAGUGGGGACAGUUUGCACUUGGAGUCUUUCUCAGUCUGUGGGGAUAGAAAGGUUGGCAUACAGGGAUGAGGAUUAAAUACGGGUGGUAGGGGAAGGCUGGAUGUUGUUUUCAGGGAUGAGGUUAGAAAACCCAGGUGAUGGACUUAUUUGCUGAGCAAUGGUUCAGUGUUGGUCCUCUAAGCUGGUAGGAAUUGCAUGGCCACAAUAUGAUAAGAAUUGUAAUACAAAGGAGGUCACCACAGAUUUCACAUUGGGGAACUGCAACAAGGAGAAUGUUGCUGAUCUCUCUUGUCUCUAUGUCAGUACUACUCAGGUGGAAAAUACACUGCUAUGCAUUGGAUUUUAAUGUCUGCUAAGUUUAUGGUAUGUCUCAUCACCCUCCGAGUUACUUCUCUGUCUUUUCCUUUCUUGUUCAUACCAAUAUUUAACAUAAUAGUUCCCAGAAAGAUAAAAGCAGGAACAGUUCCCUCAUUGUAAAGUGGCUGUGACCAGCCUAUUUCUCUAUCUAAUAUUGAUCCAGUGAAUUGUUUGUUGGAGGGAAGGAAGCCACUGGAGAUUCAGUCUUAUUAGUCAGACUGUAACAUUUUUUAAAGGAGAUGGGUGUGGAAAAGCAUAGGGGGGGUAUGUUCUCUUACUUUCUUCUCCCAUCGCUCUCCCUCUCUCCGGACUCAGAGUCUACAGCUUUGCUGCCGACUGGCCUUUGAUCAAAGAUCACACACCCUCAGCAGGGGAAUCAACAGGAGAGAAAGGAGGGAGAGGGGAUUGGAUGAGGUAUGGAGGAAGAGACAGUUAUAGUUUUCAGUCACCUAAACCAAUUUAGGAUACAUUCCAUAACUUCAUACUGUGAUUCCCACUUCAGAGUUUUUGGCAGGUGUAAAGGAUGUGAGUUGUAGACGGCAGGAGGAAUCGGUCAACAUUUUGCAGUUGGCUGUUUCAGUCAAUCCGUCUAGCCUCACUAUCCCUCUACUGUGUGACAGACAGACAUGUAGACAGUAAGUUCAAAAGGCCCCCAGUGUUCCGCUAUCCAACUGCCUUUUUUCAGCUUCUGCGAUUGUAACAAAAGCACUUUGCGAAAGGCCAUCCUGAAUUUUGUGUGCUUUUAUUUUAUUGUUAUCACUAUUGUUUGAUUUUGUUGUUCCUGUUGAUGUUUUUUUUUUUGUUUUCUCAGUGCAGAUGAUUAUUUAAAUGCAAAAAAAAAAAAAAAAAAACACAAAACGAUACGAUGAAAAAGAAAAAAAAAAGAAAAAACUUGAAUAUUUGGAUUGAAGGUGGUUGGAGCUGCCACCUCAUCUGGACAUAAACAAACACAUCUCUGUUAUACUACCACCAUACCUGUUAUAUGCAGCUUAUUGCAUAGUCACACAAAGGUAGAGGGGUUAAAGGACAGGUCUCCCCCUACCUGCUCUCUGCUUACUGUCUCAGAUUUUGUUGGGAGAAAUGUCAUUUGAUCUCAUUUUGGGAGACUCCUUUUCUUGAAAAAGAAACCUGUAUAACAGUUGCAAAGCUUUCUGAGAAGGCUAGCUGUGCUGAAUGUUAAACAUGCAGUGUUGUAUCCACUGCAGAAUCUCUUUGUCUGCAAUAACGCCCUGUCUGUGUAGUUAAAGGCUGGAUCUGGUAUCCAUAUAGAGCUUAAAUGAUUAUGAAAGACAGAUGAAAUGGCCAAAUGACCAUCAUGCACUUUUGCAAAUCAGUACAGAAAUUUUUUUGGGCCUUAACAUCUAUGUCAAAUCAAGAUUAUUGCAGUAGAGUGGAAAGAGUAAUAUUGAUCAUAAUAAACAUUCAAUAAAUCCAUAGUCCAGUAAAUGGUUUAACUUGGGAGAAAGAAAUAGGCUACUAUUUAUGAUAGAUUGAUUUGUAACUGUGAUUAUGAUUUUCUGAUGUACAUUUAAAAUGGCAGAAUAUGUCCCAAUUCUCAAACCUGGACAUAAAUUGUAAACACACACCAAGUCACAUGAGGCAGAAAACUGUUGCUCAACUCUCUGUGUGUUGAAACGUUCAUCCUUGUUGCACAUCUGACCACACCCCACUCUGAGCAUCACAACAAGUGUAACGCAAAGGUAGAAUAGCUGCUGUGACAUCACUAAUUCAAUGGAGUUGAUCAGAAAGUGCAACGUCAUCAAACGUUUUAACCCACAGAGUGUAGCAGCUGUUUCCUUCCCUAUGCGAUUUAAUGUGGAUUUACUUUUUAAAUAACCCUUUUCUCUUCACAAAGGUUUUUUUUCUUUCUUAGCGUAGCAGUCUGUCAGUCCAUAUCUGUUGGAAGCUGCGGGGGGAAUAGGUGAUUUUUGGAGAAUUUGCACUUUUUGGCGAUGAAAAGAAAUUGUAUUGUAUAUGAGACCACUAAAUCCACAGUCUAAACCAUAUAAUUCCAUUUUGUGUCAUUUUUUUUUGUUCUGUUCUUCUUUUUUUUAAUAUAUCCAAAAAUGUCUGGCAUCUGGUUGUCUGGUUUAAAGAAUAUAAAAUCUUUCUAUUAAAAACAAUGGUUGCAAA